AUGGAGUCGAAAACGAAUGAAGCCCAUAUGUUUCUGUCAAGCGUUCCGGGUGUACCAAAUUCGCAAACGGGAUCUAUCUUUACAACUCGCCACACCCCACAUUCCCAGAUGGCCGUUCCUCAUCAGCCUAAUUUUUGUGUAACCGGAGAUAAUUACAGCAACUCAUCCAUACGGCCGGUUAUUCCUAAAAGGAAGUUGAGUCCACCAUCUCACGCUACGAAUGAUCGGCCAAUGGAGGGGUUUUCCAACGGGAGUCCACCUAAAGGUGUUGUUCUUCCUUCUCCAGCAAAGCGAAUCUGUCCAAAUAAUGUGCAUUCUGAAAUGAGACCUGUUGUUACUGCUUUACACAAGCUUGUGCCUAACCAAAGUCUAUCUGCUUCAUAUGUCAAUAACAUUCAGCCUGGUCAACACUCUGAUGCUCCUGGUUCUUCGGCUGAACCAAUUCCGGUGCAACAGCAGCAACAGCCUUCUAUACCUUCUGUUGCAUCUGAACCUGGACUCUCUAGCGCUGAUAGAAUCGAGCAGGUUAUUGAUGAAGUUCUUGUUAAGGCCUGUAGUGGUGAACCGCAUGAUGAUGUCUUUUGUCUCCCACAACGGACUCGUGAAUUCAUUCCAUUGCCCUCGCCUCUCAAUCAAGAAAGUACACCUUCUUCAAGUCUCCAUACUUCUCCUCCCAUAUCCCCUUCCUGUUCACCUCGUCUCAUCUCCCCUGCAUUUUCUAAUUCCUUAAACUCAUCAAAUACUAUGGUAAUGACUACCCAACCAUUCUCAAGAGGCGGUUCCGUUGACCUUAUUCAGCGUCCCUCUAACAACAAUCAGUCGGAUAUGCUGCAGAGAGAACGAAUGCGCCUUCAGAAUUCCCGUUGCGUCAAUAUGCAAUUGCCAUGUGGUAAACCAUCGUCUCAAUCUGUUGAUGCUAUGUUGAUGAAGCCCCCCGAAAAUGUAGAUAAUGAUACAGUUUCAUCAUUCGUUCAGUCAACAAAAGCCCCCGUUCAGAGUAGAUAUUUUGAUCAAUCGGAUGUUAAUAUAUCAUCAGUGCCCAUUCACCAACCUCGAUUGGUCCCACGUCUGCGUCACACUUCCUGA